CUGCUACUGCUACGCCCCCCUCUUUCUCUAAAUAUUAAAGUUGUGUGCUGGCAUCAUAUGGGUGUUGUCCAUUGAAGGAAGAAGACGAGAGAACUGAAGUGAAAUGUUACGAGGUUACAUACUCUGAGAUCUCUUCUGGUGAAGGCCCUAAAUCAAAAACGGUAGAUAACCCACCCACUACCCCAAGCUUUUGCAAUCGUACCAACCUUUUUCUCAACUCGAUCUGCUUUCUUUCAAUAUGGUCGUUCAGAUUCAAUUUCUUUGCGGUUCCAUGGAAAUGUAGGGACCCAAAGAAGUUUCUCAUGUGUUAAAAGAUAGUCUUGAGAGUGUGAGUUUUUUCUUUGAGAGAGACAGAGAGAAGAGGGUCUUCUGGGUACCUGGAUCGACUUCGAUAGGCAGAGAAAACGCCGGGUUUGAGUUUUGGCGUUUUCACUACUCGAACGGUGAUAAAAAGAAAAGACAUUGUUGUCGGUGUCCCUUUUUGCUUUUGGCAGAGAUUUCAUAUUCUGGAAUCCAAUAUAGGAGACAUUUAAUGUAUAACCUUCUUUUUCCACAUUUGUCGUUUUUGUCUCUGUGCCUGUGUGUAUAGCUUGAAAAUAUGAAGUGCCCAUCUUUCAUAAUUGUCUCUUGUGGAUAUUACUGUUGAAGUGGGAAAGGAAUAAAAAGGAUCAUAUUUUAGGCUGUGUAUGAGUUUGGGAUGUAAUUGUACUUUUUAUAACAUUUUGUGGUCCCCUAAAAGAAAUUUUACGGGCUUAAGAUUUGAAACAAAGGGGGUUUGUGGUGUAUGAGUAGGAUUGGUAAUAUGGCAGAAAAUACCAAGGAAAUGCGUUCGUUGGCCUUAACUCCAACUUGGUCAGUUGCAACUGUGUUGACAAUCUUUGUGGUUGUUUCUUUGAUUGUGGAGCGCUCAAUUCACCGACUGAGUAAUUGGCUGCGGAAAACUAAUCGGAAACCUUUGUUUGCGGCUUUGGAGAAAAUGAAAGAAGAACUGAUGCUGCUUGGAUUCAUAUCACUCCUUCUAACAGCUACCUCAAGCACAAUAGCCAAUAUUUGCAUUCCAUCAAAGUUCUAUGACAGCGCUUUUGCUCCUUGCACUAGGAAUGAGAUUGAUGAAGAACUGGAAGAAAAUACUUCCGAAGGUCGUAAAUUACAAAUGCUUUUUUUUUCUCCUCUCUCAGUCCGGAGAAUGCUGAAUAGCUUGGAUAAGAAUACCUGCAAAGAGGGACAUGAGCCAUUUGUAUCAUAUGAAGGUCUUGAACAGUUGCAUCGCUUCAUCUUCGUCAUGGCAGUCACACAUAUAUUGUACAGUUGCUUAACAAUGUUGCUGGCUAUUGUGAAGAUUCAUAGUUGGAGGAUAUGGGAAGAAGAGGCUCACAUGGACCGCCAUGAUAGGUUAUCAGAAAUUGCAAGAGAGCAGACUUUGCGAAGGCAAACAACCUUUGUCAGAUAUCAUGCAUCAAAUCCUUUGGCCAGGAAUAGUUUUCUAAUAUGGGUGACUUGUUUCUUCCGACAAUUUGGGCAUUCAGUGGUUCGCACGGACUACCUUACUCUUCGCAAGGGCUUUAUCACGAAUCACAAUCUCUCCUUGAAAUAUGAUUUUCACAGCUACAUGAUUCGCUCCAUGGAAGAAGAAUUUCAAAGGAUAGUUGGUGUGAGUGGUCCAUUGUGGGGAUUUGUUGUUGCUUUCAUGCUGUUUAAUGUAAAAGGGUCUAAUCUCUAUUUCUGGAUAGCCAUCAUUCCUAUCACUCUUGUCCUUUUGGUGGGUACAAAACUACAGCAUGUUAUUGCAACCUUGGCAUUGGAGAGUACUGGCAUAAGUGGAUACUUUGUGGGAACAAAGCUAAAGCCUCGAGAUGAUCUUUUCUGGUUCAAGAAGCCAGAACUUUUGCUGUCCUUGAUCCAUUUUAUUCUCUUCCAGAAUGCAUUUGAGUUGGCUUCAUUCUUUUGGUUCUGGUGGCAAUUUGGUUACAAUUCCUGCUUUAUUAGGAACCACUUGCUGGUGUACAUACGACUUAUUUUGGGGUUUGCUGGACAAUUUCUCUGCAGCUACAGCACCUUGCCUCUUUAUGCACUGGUUACACAGAUGGGAACAAAUUAUAAGGCAGCACUAAUCCCACAAAGGAUAAGGGAGACAAUCCACGGAUGGGGAAAGGCAGCUAGAAGGAAAAGAAGGCAUGGUAUUUUCACUGAUGAUUCUACCAUACACACAGACACAAGUACAGUAUUGUCUCUUGAGGAAGAUGAUCACCCCUAUCUCGAUGUUGGUGAGACUGCUGCUAAUACACACGCAGAAGUUGAGUUGCAGCCAGUUUCUACCAUAUCAAAUAGUCCUGCCCCAAUUGCUAAUGAAACUUCAAGUAGAGUUGGUACUCCACUCCUUCUACAGUCAACCUCUAUUUCUCCACCAAAGACAACGAUUCUUUACAUGGAAAGUGUUCCAAGAUCAUCUUCAAUGCCUGCUAGAAGAGAAUGAAUGAAGCAACUUGAAAAAUGAUACUUUAAAGGAGUUACAGUUGGAUUUAGGUUUUCAAGUUAUCAUAUAAAGAAUGAGGGAAAGAAACAGAAAAGUGAUCAUAUACUUUGCACAGUCAUUUCCUUCCCUCAUUCUUACCAUGACCCAUGUAGAAAAAUCAAGGUUCAUACAUCAUAGAAUACUCAAUACUUUCAGGAUUUAAGUUGCAGCAUGAGUACAUACACAAGUAGGAAAUCAAAUAUAUGAGCUUCGUUGCAUCGAAUGUUGGCAGCAUCAUAAUGUAACUUACAUUAAAUGAAAUUUUAGCUUGUCUUCCUUUCUA